AAAUGCUGAGCGAUUUUGUCACUACCAGGCCUGCCUUACAAGAUAUCCUCAAGGUAGCACUAAACAUGGAAAGGAACAGCCAGUACCAGCCACUCCAGAAACAUACCAAAUUGUGAAAAACAUUGACACUAUGAAGAAACUGCAUCAACCAAUGGGCAAAAUAACCAGCUAGCAUCAUAAUGACAGGAUAAAAUUCAAACAUAACAAUAUUAACCUUAAAUGUAAAUGAGAUAAAUGCCCCAAUUAAAAGACACAGGCUGCCAAAUAGGAUAAAGAGUCAAGACCCAUCAGUGUCCUGUAUUCAGGAGACCCAUCGACAUGCAAAGACACACAUAGGCUCAAAAUAAAGGGAUGGAGGAAUAUUUACCAAGCAAAUGGCAAGCAAAAAAAAAAGCUGGAGUUGAAACCCUAAUCUCUGAUAAAACAGACUUUAAACCAACAAAGAUCAAAAGAGGAAAAAGAAGAGCAUUAUAUAAUGGUAAAGGGAUCAAUGCAACGAGAAGAGCUAACUACCCUAAAUAUAUAUGCACCCAAUACAGGAGCAUCAAGAUUCAUAAAGCUAGUUCUUAGAGACCUACAAAGAGACUUAGACUACCACACCAUAAUAGUGGGAGACUUUAACACCCCACUGUCAAUAUUAGACAGAUCAAUGAGACAGAAAAUUGACAAGGAUAUUCAGGACUUGAACUCAGCUCUGGACCAAGUGGACCUAAUAUACAUCUACAGAACUCUCCACCCCAAAUCAACAGAAUAUACAAUCUUCUCAGUACCACAUCACACUUAUUCUAUAAUUGACCACGUAAUUGAAAGUAAAACGCUCCUCAGCAAAUGCAAAAGAAUGGAAAUCAUAACAGUCUCUCAGACCACAGUGCAAUCAAACUAGAACUCAGGAUCAAGAAACUCACUCAUAACCACACAACUACAUGGAAACUGAACAACCUGCUGCUAAAUGACUCCUGGGUAAAUAACAAAAUGAAGGCAGAAAUAAAGAUGUUCUUUGAAACCAAUGAGAACGAAGACACAAUGUACCAGAAUCUCUCAGACACAUUUAAAGCACUGUGUAGAGGGAAGUUUAUAGCACUAAAUGCCCACAAGAGAAAGCAGAGAAGAUGUAAAUUUGACACGCUAACAUCAAAAUUUAAAGAACCAAAGAAGCAACAGCAAACAAAUUCAAAACGUAGCAGAAGACAAGAAAUAACUAAGACCAGAGCAGAACUGAAGGAGAUAGAGGCACUAAAAACCCUUCAAAAAAUCAAUGAAUCCAGGAGCUGUUUUUUGAAAAGAUCAACAAAAUAGAUAGCCAGACUAAUAAAAAAGAAAAGAGAGAAUAAUCAAAUAGAUCAAAUAAAAAAAUUAUAGGGUAUAUCACCACUGAUCCCACAGAAAUACAAACUACUAUCAAAGAAUACUAUAAACACCUCUAUGCAAAUGAACUAGAAAAUCUAGAAGAAAUGGAUAAAUUCCUAGACACACACCCUCCCAAGUCUAAACCAAGAAGAAGUUGAAUUCCUGAAUAAACCAAUAACAAGUUCUAAAAUUGAGGCAUUAAUUCAUAGCCUAACAACCAAAAAAAAAGUCCAGGAACAACAUAUGGAUUCACAAUGAAAUUCUACCAGAGUGACAAAGAGGAUCUGGUACCAUUCCUUCUGAAACUAUUCCAAACAAUAGAAAAAGAGGGAAUCCUCCCUAACUCAUUUUAUGAAGCCAGCAUCAUCCUGAUACCAAAACCUGGCAGAGACACAACAAAAAAAGAAAAUUUCAGGCCAAUAUCCCUGAUGAACCUCAAGGUGAAAAUCCUCAAUACAAUACUGGCAAACCGAAUCCAGCAGCAUAUCACAAAGCUUAUCCAACGCCAUCAAGUCAGCUUCAUCCCUGGGAUGCAAGGCUGGUUCAACAUACACAAAUCAAUAAAUGUAAACCAUCACAUAAACAGAAGCAAUCACAAAAACCUCAUGAUUAUCUCAAUACUCAAAAUUCAACACCCCCCAUGGUAAAAACUCUCAAUAAAGUGGGUAUUAAUUGAAUGUAUCUCAAAAUAAUAAGAACUAUUGAUGACAAACCCACAGCUAAUGGGCAAAAACUGGAAGCAUUCUCUUAGAAAAUCAGCAAAAGACAAGGAUGCUCUUUCUCACACCUCCUAUUCAACACAGUAUUUGCAGGUCUGGCCAGGGCAAUCAGGCAAGAGAAAGAAAAAAAUUGUAUUGAAAUAGGAAGAGAGGAAGUCAAAUUGUCUCUGUUUGCAGAUGACAUAAUUUUAUAUUGAGAAAACUGCAUCGUCUCAGCCCCAAAUCUCCUUAAGCUGAUAAGCAACUUCAGCAAAGUCUCAGGAUACAAAAUCAAUAUGCAAAAAUUACAAGCAUUUCUAUACACCAAUAACAGACAGCCAAAUCGUGAGUGAACUCCCGUUCACAUUUGCUACUAAGAAUAUAAAAUACAUAGGAAUACAACUUACAAGGGAUGUGAAGGACCUCUUAAAGGAUAACUAUAAACCACUGCUCAAGCAUAUAAGAGGGAACACAAACAAAUGGAAAAACAUUCCAUGCUCAAGGAUAGAAAGAAUCAAUAUCAUGAAAAUGGCCAUACUGCCUAAAGUAAUUUAUAGAUUCAAUGCUAUCCCCAUCAAGCUACCACUGACUUUCUUCACAGAAUUGGGAAAAAAAACUACUUUAAACUUUAAAUGGAAUCAAAAAAGUGCAUGCAUAAACAAGACAAUCCUGGGCAAGAAGAAAAAAGCUGGAGGCAUCAUGCUACCUGACUUCAAACUAUACUACAAAGCUACUGUAACCAAAUAGCAUGGUACUGGUACCAAAACAGAUAUAUAGACAAAUGGAACAGAACAGAGGCCUCAGAAAUAACACCACACAUCUACAACCAUCUGAUCUUUGACAAACCUGACAAAAACAAGCAAUAGGGAAAUCUUUCCCUAUUUAAUAAAAGGUGUUGGGAAAACUGGCUAGCCAUAUGCAGAAAACUGAAACUGGACCCCUUCCUUACACCUUAGACAAAGAUGAACUCAAGAUGGAACAAUGACUUAAAAGACCUAGGACUGUAAAAUCCUAGAAGAAAGCCUGGGCAAUACCAUUCAGGACAUAGGCAUGGGCAAAGACUUCAUGUCUAAAACACCAAAAGCAAUGGCAACAAAAGCCAGAAUUUACAAAUGGGAUCUAAUUAAACUAAAGAGCUUCUGCACAGCAAAAGAAACUAUCAUCAGAGUGAACAGGCAGCCUGCACAAUGGGAGAAAAAAAUUGCAAUCUAUCCAUCUGACAAAGGGCUAAUAUCCAGAAUCUACAAAGGACUUAAAUAAAUUUACAAGAAAAAACAAACAACCCCAUCAAAAAGUGGGUGAAGGAUAUGAACAGAUACUUCUCAAAAGAAGACAUUUAUGCAGCUAACAGACAUAUGAAAAAAUGCUCAUCAUCACUGGUCGUUAGAGAAAUGCAAAUCAAAACCACAAUGAGAUAGCAUCUCACGUGAGUUGGAAUGGCAGUCAUUAAAAAGUUGGGAAACAACAGAUGCUGGAGAGGAUGUGGAGAAAUAGGAACACUUUUACACUGUCAGUGGGAAUUUAAAUUAGAUCAACCAUUGUAGAAGACAGUGUGGUGAUUCCUCAAGAAUCUAGAACCAGAAAUAACAUUUGACCCAGCAGUCUCAUUACUGGGUAUAUACCCAAAUGAUUAUAAAUUAUUCUACUAUAAAGACACAUGCACAAUUAUGUUUAUUGUGGCACUAUUCACAAUAGCAAAGACUUGGAACCAACCCAAAUGUCCAUCAAUAAUAGACUGGAUAAAGAAAAUGUGGCACAUAUACACCAUGGAAUACUAUGCAGCCAUAAAAAAAUGAUGAGUUCAUGUUUUUGCAGGGACAUGGAUGAUGCUGGAAACCAUCAUUCUCAGCAAACUAUCACAAGAUCAGAAAACCAAACACUGCAUGUUCUCAUUCAUAAGUGGGAGUUGAGCAAUGAGAGCACAUGGACACAGGGAUGGGAACAUCACACACCAGGGCCUGUCCCAGGGGUGGGAGGCUAGGGGAAGGAUAACACUGGAGAAAUACCUAAUGUAGGUGACGUGUUGAUUAGUGCAGCAAACCACCAUGGCAUGUGUAUACCUAUGUAACAAAACUGCACAUUCUGCACACGUAUCCCAGAACUUAAAGUAUAAUUUAAAAAAAAAAAGAAAAAGAAAAAGAAAAUAAGGGAAGUGAUAGCCCACGGGUAUAGGUUUCUUUUCGGGGGUGAUAAAAUCUUUUUGGAAUUAAAUAGUGAUAAUAGUUUUACAAUUCUCUAUAUACUAAAACUCACUAAGCUUUAUACAUGCAUAUGUUUUUACUGUGCUUCACUUCCUUAUGUUUCCCAGAUGCUACCUUUUUUACAAAUUGAAGGUUUGUAACAAUCCUGUGUUGAGCAAGUCUAUUGGCACCAUUUUUCCAACAAUGUAUGCUCACUUCAUGUCUCUGCGUCACAUUUUGGUUAUUCUCACAGUAUUUGAAACUUUUUCACUAUCAUUGUAUCUGUUAUGGUGAUCUGCGAUAAGAGAUCUUUGUUUUUGUUUUUGUUUUCUGGGAUAGGGUCUCGCUCUGUUACACAGGCUGGAAUGCAGCGGCACGAUCAUGGCUCACUGCAGCCUUGACCUCCUAGGCUCAAGUGAUCCUCCCACCUCAGCCUGCCAAGUAGCUGGGACUACAGGAAAUAGACUAAAUAGCCAAGUUGCAAGAUACCACUGCUUCUUAUAAGAAUGAUGGGUUUCCCAGGUGAUACUUGAAAGAAGAGAUAACGACCACCUAUCUCCUUCAUCCUGGUUACACAGGAAGGCUAUGGACUCCUUUUGGCAUUUCUGCCUCAGCAACAGAGGAUAAAAGUCAUGUUGUGAUGGAUAAGUCACAAAAGUAAAAAAUACAGACGUGGACUACAGGCCUCCAAAGAAGAAUUGAGCAUGCUGAGGAUCGAUGCCAGACAUUGGACAUUUUUGAGGUGUUAAGAGAUGUGCAUGCUUCCAACAUUGUGAAGAUGUGUGUGCUUUCCAGUCACCUUCCACCAUGACUGUAAGUUUUCUGAGGCUGCCCAGUCAUGCUUCCUGUUAAGCCUGCAGAACUAGCAGAAAGAGUGUUUUCCUAUUGCCACCACAGCUAAGAAUGUGCUGGGUCACACCUGAAGCCAUCCCAGUACCAGGUUUCACCCAAGGCCCAUGGGACUGGUAACAUCUGAACAUACCAAACCACACAGUCAAACUCUUGCACCAUCGCUACCACGACAUUUUACUACAAAAGAAUGCCACUGCAUGUGGAUUCCAAGCAGGCUAAAAAGAAAAAGAACUGAUUAGACCUCAGACGACCCACUAAACGGGAUGACGGCCACAGCUGAGGUAGAGACACCAAAAAUGGAGAAGAGUGCCUCCAAGGAAGAGAAGCAGCAGCCUAAGCAGGACAGCACAGAGCAGGGCAAUGCUGAUUCUGAAGAGUGGAUGAGCUCUGAGAGUGAUCCUGAACAGAUAAGCCUUAAGAGUAGCGACAACAGCAAGAGCUGCCAACCUAGGGAUGGUCAGUUGAAGAAAAAGGAGAUGCACUCCAAGCCACACCGCCAGCUCUGUCGAUCACCCUGCCUAGAUCGUCCAAGUUUCUCCCAGAGCAGCAUUUUACAGGAUGGUAAACUUGACUUGGAGAAGGAAUACCAAGCUAAGAUGGAGUUUGCGCUAAAGCUGGGCUAUGCAGAGGAACAGAUUCAAUCAGUGCUAAACAAGCUGGGCCCAGAAUCACUUAUUAAUGAUGUAUUGGCAGAGCUUGUCAGACUUGGGAACAAAGGUGAUUCAGAAGGGCAGAUCAACUUGAGUCUGUUAGUGCCUCGUGGGCCCAGCUCCAGAGAGAUUGCAAGCCCUGAAUUGUCUCUUGAAGAUGAAAUAGAUAACAGUGACAAUUUGAGGCCAGUUGUCAUUGAUGGAAGUAAUGUGGCAAUGAGCCAUGGGAAUAAAGAAGAAUUCUCCUGCAGAGGAAUACAACUUGCUGUGGAUUGGUUUCUAGAUAAAGGCCAUAAAGAUAUUACUGUAUUUGUGCCUGCAUGGAGAAAGGAGCAAUCCCGCCCUGAUGCACCAAUUACAGAUCAAGAUAUUCUACGAAAACUGGAGAAGGAAAAGAUUCUUGUCUUCACACCAUCCCGAAGAGUCCAAGGCAGGAGGGUUGUCUGCUAUGAUGACCGGUUCAUAGUCAAACUGGCUUUUGAUUCUGAUGGCAUCAUUGUGUCCAAUGAUAACUACCGAGACCUUCAAGUUGAAAAGCCAGAAUGGAAGAAGUUUAUAGAGGAGCGGUUGCUGAUGUAUUCUUUUGUGAAUGACAAAUUUAUGCCUCCAGAUGAUCCAUUAGGACGCCACGGCCCAAGCCUUGAAAAUUUCUUAAGAAAGAGACCCAUUGUUCCUGAGCAUAAGAAGCAACCAUGUCCUUAUGGCAAAAAAUGCACCUACGGCCACAAGUGCAAAUACUACCAUCCGGAGCGGGCCAACCAACCCCAGCGUUCGGUGGCUGAUGAGCUCCGCAUCAGUGCCAAACUGUCCACAGUGAAAACUAUGAGUGAAGGCACCCUGGCCAAGUGUGGCACAGGGAUGUCUAGUGCCAAAGGUGAGAUAACCUCAGAGGUCAAACGUGUGGCCCCCAAGCGCCAAUCAGAUCCCAGCAUCCGGUCUGUGGCUGUGGAGCCUGAGGAAUGGCUGUCCAUUGCCCGUAAGCCUGAGGCUAGUUCUGUCCCCUCGCUUGUGACUGCCCUAAGUGUUCCCACAAUCCCACCCCCCAAAAGCCAUGCAGUGGGUGCACUCAACACCCGUUCGGCCAGCAGCCCAGUGCCAGGAUCCUCCCAUUUCCCCCACCAGAAGGCCUCUUUGGAGCAUAUGGCCAGCAUGCAGUAUCCUCCCAUCUUGGUUACCAACAGCCAUGGGACCCCUAUUAGCUAUGCUGAGCAAUACCCAAAGUUUGAAUCCAUGGGGGACCAUGGCUACUAUUCAAUGUUAGGUGACUUCUCCAAACUGAACAUCAACAGCAUGCAUAACCGAGAGUAUUACAUGGCUGAAGUAGACCGGGGGGUGUAUGCCCGGAAUCCUAACCUCUGUUCUGACAGCCGUGUGAGCCAUACCAGGAAUGACAACUAUUCCUCUUACAACAACGUGUAUUUGGCUGUAGCUGAUACCCAUCCUGAAGGCAAUUUGAAGCUGCACCGCUCAGCAUCCCAGAACCGACUUCAGCCUUUUCCUCAUGGUUACCAUGAAGCCUUAACACGAGUGCAGAGCUAUGGCCCAGAGGAUUCUAAGCAAGGCCCCCACAAACAGUCAGUCCCCCACUUAGCUCUGCAUGCCCAGCACCCAUCAACUGGAACACGUUCCAGCUGUCCUGCAGACUACCCCAUGCCUCCCAAUAUCCAUCCUGGGGCAACCCCCCAGCCAGGCCGUGCCCUGGUGAUGACUCGGAUGGAUAGCAUUUCCGACUCCCGCCUCUAUGAGAGCAACCCCGUGAGGCAAAGACGACCUCCCCUGUGCCGGGAACAGCAUGCCAGCUGGGACCCGCUGCCCUGUGCAACUGACUCCUAUGGCUACCACUCCUAUCCCUUGAGUAACAGCCUCAUGCAACCAUGUUAUGAGCCAGUCAUGGUACGGAGCGUGCCUGAAAAGAUGGAGCAGCUUUGGAGGAAUCCUUGGGUUGGAAUGUGCAAUGAUUCCAGGGAGCAUAUGAUCCCAGAGCACCAGUAUCAGACCUACAAGAACCUCUGCAAUAUUUUCCCUUCUAACAUCGUCCUUGCAGUGAUGGAGAAGAAUCCCCACACAGCAGAUGCCCAGCAACUGGCAGCCUUGAUUGUUGCUAAGCUUAGGGCUGCGCGUUGAUGACAUAGUACUUAUUUCUUUAUACAAAUAUGAAUAUUAAUACUAAUAAUACACUAAUACAAUAAUUAUAGUAACUAAUAAUUUGUGUUGCGCUUUACAAGUUAGAGUGUUUAUAUCAUUUAAGCGCUUAACAACCCUGUGAGGUACGUCUUACUAACAUCCUCUUUUAUAGAGAAGGAAGGUGAAGGUCAGUGAAAUUAAGUGGCUAGCCAGGGUCACACUGCUAGCAAAUGACUAAGUCAAGACACACACCCAAGUCCUCUAAAUCCAAGUCCCAUGCCCCUUUGCACUGCACCAUGCAGGUAAUGGAGGACAAAACCCAGGGGGAGAGGUCUAGAUGUAAGAAAUCCCAGAGGAUUCCAUUACCAGAGUUUUCCUUUUUCUCUUUUCGUUUCUUUUUUUUUUUUUUUUUUUGAGACAGAGUCUCACUCUGUUACACAGGCUGGAGUGCAGUGGCACUAUCUCUGCUCACUGCAACCUCCACCUCCUGGGUUCAAGUGAUUCUAUGGCCUCAGCCUCCCAGGUAGCUGGGAUUACAGGCGUGCACCACCAUGCCCGGCUAAUUUUUGUAUUUUUAGUAGAGACGUGGUUUCACUGUGUUGGCCAGGCUGGUCUCAAACUCCUGGCCUCAAGUGAUCCGCCCACCUUGGCCUCCUAAAGUGCUGGGAUUACAGGUGUGAGCCACUGCGCCCAGCCUACCAGAGUUUUCGUAGUCACAUAUUCUAUAUAACAAAGUAUGGAUGAUAUAUCCAAUUUAGAGAGCAAAAGCAUCAGGAUCAGAUCAUAUGUUGAAUUAACCUUUUAGGUUUUUUCUAAUAGAAAUAUUUAAAGCUAUUUAAAAGUAAAUGCAUACUUUAUUGCAUGGAUAUCUGAUCACUCAAUCUUUAUUAACGAAACUAUAGGGUCACAUUGAAGCUUCUAGAACUAUAUUUUAAAGCUAUUAUUAGCAAUUAUAUUGCAUGUAUGAAUAUAUAUAUUUGGUUUGAGAUGUGUGUGUAUCUCUGUAUAACAUUUUAUAUAGUGAUAAUGAGAGGGUAGGCUCUACACAGUCCUUCGUCUAUAGCUGUAUAGGUCACUAAUCUGACUUGAUGAUUUUAAGUCACAUUUCAUAGUUUUAACUAGUUAUGAGAGAGAAAUUAUAUGGCAAUAUUUGAACAUUGCUUUCUUAGGCACCAGAGCAAAGCAACUCUGUUUCCUUUGCACAUUUUACCUGCCAACAUUUAUUAACAGUUCUUACCUUCCAAGUCUCUUCACCUUAGCAAAUUAGGGAUCAGGUUGCAGUCUUCUGCAGAGAAACUGAUGGUUAAGCUCAAGUUCCAAGCAUAGUAUGUGUGUGCUACACAAGCUCAGAAGAGUUUGACAAGGACCAGGGGACUUACUACCACAAUCCACUUCCCUUAUCCCAGGAGAGAUGGCCAAACCCAUGUGGCAUUAAAUGGUGAAUAAAAAAGCUUCACUCAAGGAGGGACUAUUGGAUGCUCUUUGGACUUCUGACCUAUGCAGUAUUCAACAUCAUUGGAUGAAAUGUAAUGGAGGACAGUGCACAGCCAUGUAUCCACUUUCUCUUCCUGUCCACCCUUUGGGUAAUAAGGUCAAUCAUUGGUGGAACAGAAUUUCUCUAGGAAACAAAACCAGGGGAUUUUAUUUGUGGAAAAAGGAAGUUUCCAAAAGGGGAUACUGCAUCUUUACUAAUAGCUGGCUCAGUUACGCACUUUAAAUCCAUGCAAAGAGUGCACUUGCUGUUAAAUAAUUGUUAGAUGAGUUAUUAGAAGGCAGGACUUUUGGUUUGGGCGACACCAUUUGCGCAACUUGUAUCUUGCUCAGGGUGGAAAACUUCAUAGCUAAAUGCCUCUAGAAGAGGUGUUUAUUGUUUUUUUUAAGCUGCACUAAAUAAAUUCCCUUUUUGAAUCCAUUGUAUAUUUCAAUAUUUCGAACCAUGAUCAGCUCACUAUUUCCUGAGCUGGAACUUGCUAACUUCUAUGAUCGUUUUUUCAUGAAAGUUGAGAAGGCCGGGCCUUGGCCUUUUGUUUCUUCAUGAGAAGGUGUGACACUGCCUAUAAAUGUUUCUUACUGUGAAACACUCUGAAUGUGAGGCUGUAGUCAGGGUUGUUUCUGGUGGUUUGACAAUGGCUUGCAUGCUGCUUUCUGGCUUUCUGUCUCUGUCCAAGUUGAUCAAUACUGCAUCUUAACCAAUGUUUCACUUGAGUUAACCACAGCUUUACAUUCUAUCUCCUAUCCUCUGAUCUUCGUAUACCCCAGCAUAUUGAAAAAGAGUAAAAGUAUUUUCUAUCAGGUAGAUCCACAGAGUGACAGUUGCCACUGCAGUGCUUGCUAUUUCACACAAACACCAUUUCAUACCUUCAACUUCUUGGACUUUCUAAAUCGGACUCGUGUCUAAAUCAGGGUAUUUGACAAUCUCAGAUGACGCUACUGCCUAUGUGCCAGUUAGUUCAUCUUCCUACCAAGAUCAUGAAUGGCACCACACUAUCCACUAGCUGUACAAUUUACAGAGAAGCACAAGAUUCAUCUUGUCACCUACAAUUCGUCUUGAACAUGUUCAUAUUUAGUACUCAGAAACUGUGUAAGCUCCUCCCAAUACAGAAAAUAUUUUUUAAGGCAGCAUAUGUAUUUCUGAUUUACUAAAAACGAUUGUCAUUCUCCUCUCAUUCUUCUUUUUGGUAUGAACCAAAAGCGGCUAGGAGCAAUGCCUCAAAUAACCAGAAAUGACCUUUUGUUGAUACAAAUUGUAUCUCUUUUUUUCCUGAUUGUAUAGAAACAAAUGUACAAAACUCAUCUUAAGCUAGGUUUGGCACUGAAUUUUCACCAUGAGGUUUGUGGCACUGUGUGUCACAGGGAAGUAGCUCAGGGGUUGUGAGGGAGCUUUUAUUUCUAAAGGGCAGUAGUAAUUUAUAGACAAAAACAAUUUUUCAAGGCCUCUUUAUUACCACUGCACAGCUAUCGUGUAAAAUUUCAAGCAUUAUAUUGCAUAAGUUCUCUUUAGCCUAUUAAAUUUAAUAUGUCCUUGCAAAAGGGAUUUUGUGUAAAAAGUGUCAGUGUUAGUGACUCAUCUGCAAGAAUCUACAAAUGGAGCUAUACAACUAUGAAUACAUAAAUACAGCAUGGUUCCUAGUUAUUAGAGAAACAUUUUCUUUAUAUUGAGGUCUACGCACUUCUUGACUUUCCAUUUUGUCUGUAAUUAUAAAACAGCAAAUAACAAAGAAGCAUUGGGACCCCCUCGGCUGCCUUGAUAAUAAAAUCAAGCUUCCUUCAUGGGACUAAGCAUGUGUCCUUCAGGAUACUUACCUCUAAGCACUCAGCAGGGGUUACUACAAAGCGUUUUGUGUGGUUUUCAAAAAACAGUAUAUUUUGCAAGAGGUGCUUUGUAAUUUUAAUUAUUUCACUGAUUUUCUGACCUCAUAGGAAGUCUGUGCCUGUUGAGGCCUUCAAUUUUGUAGCUUUUCUGAUUUUUUUUCUUCUUUUUGUGAUUUUGUUGUUGUUUUCAUUUUGAUCUAAAGGAGAAGUGUGACCCCGGAGUGGCAUGGUCAAUCCAGGGCACCCUUUCUGUAAGACAACUCAAAGGAAAAGAAGCCUUUUCAAAGGUAAUAUCGAGCCAUUGCACUCUCUCUUAAGGUGCCAGGUAUGGGAGAAUGACAGAUGCCUUAUGGAAAUGGUCUACAAAACUUUUCUUCUUCUAAGUAAUAAAACACAUAGCAUGAUUCUCUCUCCCUCUCUCUCUCUCUCUCUCUCUGCCCACCCCCUGCUAGUUUCCAGGAGAAUACUUCUCUAAAAUUCAUUUUUUUCUAUUUUGGAAUAAAUUAUCUUUAUACAGUAAUUCAAACACUGAUUUCCAUUAACCUUUGGCCCUGAGUUUUCUUCUAACAUAGAAGAGUUCAUUUUGAGAGGCACUCAGUUACCAUUCAAUCUGUGCUGUAAGUAUGGGACUUUGUACAAAUGCCCUUUUUGAGGGCCAAAAAUUUCAAUACACUUUGUUCUACUUUGUGAACCAGGUCUGGAUCUGCACAGAGAAAGUAAUGCUGAGCUGUCCAAAGAGUCCGCUCAGGUCUCCCUCCUAACCCUCCUCUGCCUUCCCCUAGUUUGCUUAUCCUCACGUCUGACACUGAGGAGUGCAUAGUCUUCAACUGAAAUGGCACUACAGUUAGUUCUCAUUGGAAACAAACAAGUGUAUUUCUGGAACCUGCUCGUCUAAAAUAGUCAAUGCCUUUGUAAAGACUCAGCAUAUUUAAUAUCUAUUGUAUGGUAGCUAGCUAUAUACAUAGAUUGACUAUUUUUAGUCCUGGUUUGUGUAUUGUUGAGCUAUAGUAGUUUGCUUUAUCCAUUUGUGGGAUUAAACAAUACUGUUUAAUGGUUGUAAACUUUUAUAAAAUCUCUUUGGGUUUUUUGUUUGACCCAAACAUAAUGUAAGUCUUAAUGACAAAAUACACAAAGUUAACCAGAGGUGAGUGAAAAUAUAGCCCUUCCCCAGUUUUGUCUGCCCCUAUAAUGCACGUGCAUUGCUUUGUAAUAUGCUCUCGCUAGCAUGAAUGUGCUAUGACUACUUCAUGAGGUUUUGUUUCACCUAUAAUUGUGAUGGAAAAUGCUGUAUUGCUGACAACAAUGAACUGUAACCACAGUUAUUUACUGCAUAAACUAUUUGUCUACUAACCA